GAGCGCGUUUCAGUCGGUCGCGGGCGCUCGGCUACGCCACUCGGGCCCGAGCCAUCGAUUGCCACAAACGAAACAAUCGGAUUAAAAUCGAACACCAAAUUCACAAUAACCUCACAGAACAUCUAUAAAAUAACAUUGUAUCUUCAAAUAGAAUAACAGUUGUUAGAUCAAAGCGUUAAUUCUUUAUGAAAUGUAGGUUGUGUCAGUGAAAAGGACGCAUAAGCCAAACAGGGGAUAUUAACAGAAAUAGGCUGAUUUCACACCGUUGUUGCGGGUAAAACCAGAAUCAAAGUGCGGUGAUAACAAUGAUCCCUUCCGUGUGACGUAAGUUCGGUGCGUGUGCGCAGUGUUGUGUCGUAGUGAGUGAUAGUUCAGCAAGAUGGCCGACCCGGACGCGUUUGAUGAUGAGAAGCUGGUCGUCGGGGGUCCGAACCAACGCAACUGGCGUGGCAUCCUCAUUGCACUGCUGGUCAUAGUGGCAGUCCUAGCGCUGAUCGUGACAUCAGUAGUGCUACUGACUCCGCCUGAUGAGGGACCCAGGGUGAAGGGCCGGCGGUUGAGGAUCCAGGACUUAUUGACUGAGGAGCUGACGCCGGUGCGGUGGAAUGGGACUUGGAUUUCUGGUGAUGAGUUCAUAUUCCGGGACUCGUACGGCGGCAUCAGCCUCAUGUUCGCUGCAAAUCAAACAACCAAAACACUCAUGCCGAAUACUACAUUUAGGGUCCUAGAACCGGCCUCAUUCUCGGUGUCAGCUGACCGGCGCUUCCUCCUGCUCGCUCAGAACGUGCGCAAGAUUCACACGCACUCCUACCUCGCGAGGUACACCGUCUACGAUAUACUCACCACCGAAUCCUACCCCCUCACCCCGUUACCAGACGAGGUGGGAGGUGGAGUCAUCACCGAGGGACCCUCACUGCUCCUCGCCACCUGGACCCCCAAGGGCCACGGUCUCAUCACUGUGAAAGACUACGACAUAUACUACAGGCCAGCCCCUAGGUCUUCGACGGGGUAUAGAGUGACGGAGUCAGGAGUGCCUGGGACUAUUCAUAAUGGGGUCCCUGAUUGGUUGUAUGAAGAGGAAAUCCUGGGCUCUCGAACAGCGCUGUGGAUGUCAGCUGACGGCCACAUGGUGCUGUAUGCUACCUUCAACGACAGUUUAGUGCAUGAGCAGAAAUACCCUUGGUAUGGAGCAGCCUUGGACACUGAUGAUCCUGCCAAGACGUACCCAGAGAUCAGAAGCGUGAGAUACCCUAAGCCUGGGACCAACAACCCGACGGUGACGCUGACAGUGGCCGAUAUCGCGGACCCCAAACACAUUCGCACAAGACACCUUACGCCGCCUAAAGUUAUUUUAGAAGAGGGUGACUAUUACUUCACGAGCGCGCAAUGGGUGUCUCUAACAGAAGUAUGUGUGGUUUGGCUUACGAGGAUGCAGAAUCUAUCAGUGGUCUCUGUCUGCAAGAGCCCUAUGUGGUAUUGUCAGGAGGUAUACAGAAUAUCCUCAGGGCUCGACGGGUGGGUGGAAUCAGCACCAUCUCCCCUCUGGUCUGCCGGUGGUGGGGCGCUGGUGACCUUAGCCCCAGUGAGGGACGGGCCCGCAGGCCUGUUCCGUCACAUAGUGAGGACGGAGCACAACUCCCACGGGCCUAGGGCCCUGCCCCUGACUCAUGGGAGCUUCGAUGUCGUCCAGCUGUUAGCUUGGGAUCAUGCUAAUCAGCAUAUAUACUACAUGGGUAUACCAGAAGGCAAACCAGGGCAGCAGCAUCUGUACAGAGUAUCAUCCGAGGCGCCAAGACCGGGCUCCCCGCAGAAACUGCCUUACUGUGUCACUUGUAAUUCACAGCCGUCUCCAUCAAUAAACCUGGAGUACUACGGCAACCUAGCGUCUUCAGGAGACAGCACGUGGGGGGACGGCGACUGGGACGAGGAGCUCCCCGCCACCUCGCCCUCACCCAGCAAGAAGAAGAAGAAGAAGUAUCCUGAUGGCAUGCCUCAGAACCUGCCUUGUCUAUACCACGAAGCACACUUCAGUCCGUCAUCAGCGUACUUCGUGUUAGAGUGCCUGGGCCCCGGGGUGCCCACCUUCAGUCUGCACAAGACUGCCUUACCUGACCCCAGACUGUUGGCUCAUUUGGAGAACAAUACUGUUGUUAAGGAGCGAUUAGCAGCUAUAGCGUUGCCCACACCCAGGACAUUCUCGGUGCAGCUAUCAAGCGGUCACGCGGCGAGGGUGCGGCUGCUGCUGCCGCCAGGGUUGAGGGAAGACGAGGUCACCAAGUAUCCACUGGUGCUGAAAGUUCACGGAGCACCAGGAACACAGCUAGUGACAGAGCGCUGGUCGCUCGACUGGGGCUCACUAGCAGCCGGCGCGGGGGCUAUCCUCGCGUCAGUGGACGCGCGGGGCGCGGGGGGCAGGGGGCUCGGGGCUCAUCACACGCUGCACCGGCGCCUCGGCACUGUAGAGCUGCAAGACCAGUUGGAGGUCGCUGAAUACCUCCGCGACUCGCUCCACUUCAUAGACGCGCGUCGCGUGGCGGUGUGGGGCCGCGCGCACGGCGGCUUCCUGGCGGCGCUGGCGCUCGCCUCGCCGCUCAGCGUCUUCCACUGCGGCAUCGCGUUAACGCCUAUUGUGCGCUGGCGGUAUUACGCCUCAGCCUACGCGGAGCGCUAUAUGGGCUUUCCCAACGCAACGGGCAACUACCGCGGCUACGCAGACGCCGACGUGACAAAGCAAGCAGCAGCCUUGCACGACAAGAUGCUACUCCUGGUACAAGGCACAGCCGACAAUAACGUGCACGUGCAGCAGAGCAUGGCACUCGCACGAGCGCUGGCCGACCAGGGCAGCAUGUUCCGCCAGCAGAUCUACCCUGACGAGGGUCACAGCCUAUCAGGCGUGAAGCGUCACCUAUACCGAACAAUGUCGUCGUUCCUGGACGAUUGCUUCCGCAAGCAGGUCCCGCCCGAGACCAAGGCGGGGCUGCGGAACGGCGGCAACCUCGACUGAGACUCGUGGAGCGACGAGGAGUUGUGCUCUUGCUCACCAGUGCGGAGUGAGGACAACUCCGAGCCAGAAGACUCCGACGAGAGGUAAUAAAUACGAAGCUAGCGCCCAAAGAGAGAGUGUAGUGAUAAUCAAAAUAACCCGUAGUACAAUUAACUCCAUAUCCAACGCAUCACAACUGCCACCUCAUGUUGAUAAGAGUUUUAAUGUCAUUACGAAUAUGAACGGAGCCAGGAUACCAGCACUUGUGACGAAUUCUAUAGAACCACGACAGCAAAAAAAUUUUGAAGUUAGUGAAUAAUUUCAUGAAAAUUGAUUGUCAUCAAGUACAAGCAAUAUCAAGGAAAAAUAUAACCCUUCUUCUGGUGAAGUAGGAUAAAAAUGUUACAAAGAAUAAAUAUAUUUAAAGCAUAAAGUUUUCGCUCUUAGUUUUUAGAGCUAGGAGUCCUGGUUCUGUUCAUUUGAUCAUCAUAAAAACUUUUUUCUGUCGGCGUAUUAUUAAAUAUAUUAAGGAAAUGUCAUUAUGGUUGGUAAAGGUUGUAUUUGAAUUUGGAUUGAAAAGAAUUGUAAUUAUUGAUAGAAAUGUGCUUUAAAUAAGGAUGCAGAAAUCAUUGUAUAAGAAUAUUUUUAAUAAUACGUCGCGAAAAAAACAUGACCGAACGAUAAUUGACAAUCAUAUGAAGUUUCUUAUUAUACACACGUAUAACAAAUUUUAACCUCAAAUAAAUAAAAAUAAUAACGCCAACUAGUUUAAGUAUAUCAAUAUUUACAGCAGUUUUUACACAAACACACAUAUCGAUGAAAACCAAGAUUUCUUACUUCAAAAACUCAAUACGAAUAUUCGAUAUUAUUAUCUUAUUCACGAUUCUCUGCCUUAUUUUCUGCACAAACACAAGAAUCUUCCAUUAUAGUCCUCUGUGCAUGUAUAAUACUCGCGUCUCUAACAUUUAGCUUAAAUACGCAAUAUUUCAUCUAGUGACUAAUAAAGGAAUUGAAUAAAUAGUUCUUUAGUCAAUCAGUUUGUGAUCUAGUAGAUAAAAUUGUUAUAGAUAGUGUACCUUUCAUGAGCUCAUUGUCAUGUACCUAUAAAAACGUUCUUGAAAAUAUAAAAUUCAUUUUCGUUGAUCGAAAAUGUAUGAAACAGACAUUGUUUUUGAAGAAACCUUGGCUUGCAGAGCUUGCAACUGUAGGGAAAUGUAAGCUUCUAAUCCGAUUUACGAUUCUCUGUAGGAUGUGUCUGUGUGGGUAGAUGCAUAUGUUUUAAUAAAGUAUUAAACAAUGCUGGGAAGUUGGUUUCAUAGACUUAGAAAGCAUGUUUGUGGCUUUUAACAUAAAUGUUGAAAACGAAAUAGUUAUUUUGCUAAAGUUGGCAGGUGAGUGGUUUAAAUACAUAGAACUAUGGCUGUGUUUACGUAAAAGUUACCGAAACAUCUGGAACAUACAUGCAUGGUUUUUUUUUUUCAUAUAAUAUAAACGUGAUAAUCUACGUAUGAGUGAAGAUUGCCUGAUAGGCACACGGACCAAAACCUACGGAUUUCCAAUCGUAAAUCAAAAUGUGGUAUUAAGAUACCAAUAUCACACGACACCCGAAAAUCCCGCGGGUUCGGGAGAAAAGGGAAUUCGUGCCAAUGAAACUCGUUAGAAGUUUCAUUAUUAAAAUAAGUUUGAUUUUUCUACAGUUGCUGCUUUGUAUAAUACGUGGGUCUCAAGGCAAAUGAAUAGAAAGAAUAUCUAUUCGUACCCUUGAUUAUAUAGAAAGGACAAUGUCCAAAUUGGCCCUGUGCAGUAAAGAGUAUCAGAAUAUACGAUAAUUAAUCGCCUAUUUUAUUAUGUAAGUUGCAAAUACUCCUGUAUCACGGACUAGCUGUAUUCCAAAAUAAACUUUUAAUAGAAUUUAACGCGACUAAUAAAAUUAGAUCGCCAUCUUCGCCUAAUGUCAUGUCAUGUCGGAAGUCCAAUAGGGAUGUCCAAUCAAUUAUAAUCCAUUGAUUGAAUUAUUAAUCGAUCGAUUGUGUUUUCUUUUCUAGUGCUUUCUUUUAAACCUAAUAAGAAUACUUUAUGAAUGCAGUCAUACUCCAAUUUAAAUAGGUAGUAAGAAUAAUAUCAUACAGUAAUCAAAACUUUUUAUUUCUAUACAAUCAUUAAAACAUCUUAUUCAUUUUUUACGACAAUUAAUACAAAAAUAACAUUUAUUUUUCGGCCUAAAAUAAACCAUUGUCAUAAAUACCUACUUGUAAUGUUUAUAUGACAAAGGUGAUGUAAUAGACAGUUUGAAAUAAUUUAAGACCACAGUAAAUCUUAAUCGAAAAAAUCGAUUAUUGGUGUGGUGUUGUACUACAUCCCUAGUUUUGCUGUGAACGUCACGUCGUCCGUCAUUGAUGUUAUAUGUCAUUUUAUUUUUGUACUUCAUCCACUUUUUAGAAAAACAACUGCAUAGGUACCUAUUAUCUAGGUAGGUAUUAAGAUAUUACCUACUUUUCAGUUUCUUAAAAAUCACUCAAAGCUAUGAAAAAUCGUAGGUAGGUAGGUACCUACAUUUAAUGGUACGUUCACACGCGCGCGUUCAAAUCUACAUUCAACAGGCACAGUCACGUUCACGUGCGUGUAAACGGUACGCCCGAGCCCGUGAACGCGCCCGUGCCCGUGAAUGCCGCGAAUCGGGCGAGUGUCGGUUUUUUGGCGGAAUGAUCAACGUCGUUCAUCAUUUUGUUUCUUUUUCCAAUAAAAAUAAGUUAAGCCAAAGGCUAUGACAGCAACAACACCGAGAUCCUCGCUUCUCGCCAUUCUUGCACUGACUGAUACGACGGCGCGCGUGUAAACAGCUUGAAUGUCCGCCUGCCCGCGACGGGCAGCCCGCCGGGUUGCGCGGCGCGCGUGUGAACGUAGCAUUAUAUUCGUUGUUAUGGUUAGAUUAUAACCUCAAAAUCUGAUACUUUUUUUGAAAUAUAUCUUUUUUGCAGCUAGUCCGCUAUAACUACAAGAUCUUCUAGGAAUCUACUAAUGAUAGAGAAUACAAUACAUAAUUAUCCGAUGCUCUUGGCUCCAGGGCCAACUAUGUAUGGACGCAGAGCAAUGUCCUUUGCGAAUUAUUAAAAGCAAAAUGCGUUCUAGUCAUAAAAAGUGCAUAAUGUUGGUUGUUAAAAGUCCUUUGGGUAUCAUUAUACCCCACACUCUCAAGAGACUUGAGUCCGCACUCUUAAAGCCGUUGCAACAUUUUGCAAUGUGAUUAACUUAAUUAAAGAAAUCAAUUUAAUUUAAUAAUUGCAAUUAAUUUUAAUCGCAAACGACGAUGAUGGUAAAGUGUAAUUUCUAAAUGACAAAUAAUUGUACAGAUUAAUAUAAUAUUUCCCAUUUAGAUAAUAUAAUACGCUUUCUUGUGUAUUUCACUAAAUAUAUGACGAAAACGCAAAACUAAAAUCUUUGGACAAGAUAAAUAAUUGCAUCUCCAUAUAAUUAGUAAAAUAUAUGUAUUUAAUAAAAAAAUAUCCAAACAUUUGAUCUUUAAGUAUAAAAUUGCUCACUCUCAUCAAAUUUUGCAUGGUUCUAGUCACUUCAUUUAUAGUAUUAAUAGUAUUUAAUAAUAAAUUUUAUUAAAGACCAAUAGUAUGUUAAAAAUAUUUUAUUAAAGAAAAUUAAAGUUUUAAAAACUAAUUAGUGAAGAUUUUGAAAAACUAGUAAGAUUUAGUGCAUUAGUUACCUUAGUGAAGUUUGAAAUUAAAAGUUUUAUUGAAAUGUAACUAAUAUAGCAAUAAUUUAAUAGAUAAAAUACCUCCUUUAUAAGUAAGCACUCUUCCGAUAAAGCACUUGUAUAAAAGGAAUUUUGAAGCGUUAAAAUUAUGAGGAAUCCUAUAGACAUGAACAAUAUGAGCGUUUGCACAGACAACUAAAUGGAAAAAAUUAUUCCUAAGAAUAUAAAAAAAAAGAUUAAAAUACCUCAUGCUUAAGUCUCAAUUUAUUUUCUCUUGCACAAAUAAAAUUUGGUAAAAGUCCAAAGUUCUGCACGUAAUUUUACCAGGAGUGUCACGAAAGAAUGAUAUUCCUGCACAAAAAUUCUUGUGCAAGACCAGCUGUGUGUGCAAACGCUUUCAAUCUACGUCGUCAAAGAAUAUUUUUCUGCCGGCGUACUAUUGCAAAAAUAAUACGAGAAAACAGUACGCCGUCAGAAAAAAUAUUUCUUUAUUUAGAUCGAAAAUAAAUUUGAGUGAAGAAAAUGCUCGAUUGUUCAGAAAAAUAAAGGAAAAGACCUAAGUGCCAAAAGCGUCGUUUUAUCUCGUACGUUUCUGUAAGUAAUUAUUGUAAGUACAUUAGAUUCAUAUGGAAAAUUCGAUUACAUUCUCAUGUGAUUUUUUUUCGUCAUUAGACUUAUUAUUCAGUCGAGUAAGUCGGAAAUGUUAUCGGAUUUUUUUUUAUUGUAAUUCGUUGAAUUUUUUCUGUGAUCGUACGUUUGUUGAAAAUGUAUUUAUAUUUUUUCUGUUCGUAAUUUUAUUGGGCGUAUAAAAAUACCUGUGUGUAAUUAAGUCAAUUGUUUUUUUUUUCGUUGACUGUACAAAUUCUAUGAAUUUAAGUAAGUAUUAAUUUUAAGCCACAUAUUUUUUAGUGUUUUAAGAAUUGCGUCAAAGGUCUUAACUACAAAAAAGUUAAACAGACGUUCGUCACGUCGUGUUUAAGAAAAUGUGUAUGGAGAAUUUUCCUUAAACACGUGUCGAACGCCUGUUUAACUUUUUUGUAGUUAGACCAAUAAAGUCCUAUAAAUCAAAGUUAUAAGUUGAAAUACAGAUAUAAUUUGUUUGAGUGUGUACAUUUCUAAGUUAUAAGUUGAGAGUUAAAGUUUAAAGGUUGGCAGAUACUAGCACGUUCGAGAAACACAAAUAAAACGCACAUAAUGUGAUUUUUGCCUUAUCGGUGUUCUCGCUGUUAACGUUUUUGUUUUAUAAGCAACCAGUUUGUUUGUAUUGCUAAAUGUAAUGUUUCUAAUAUUUGAGAGUUUGUAUACGUUGAUUUCACGAAUCUUCGAAAAACUUUAAGGAUAGUCAGAGUCCCACUUAUGGAAUGUUAGACACUCUUUGAUAUGUUAAGGGGUAUCUAACAUGUUAUUUGGUAAAUGGUUGGUAGAAUCUCGGAUAAGCUAUGAGGGUAGAUACGUAUGGACUAAGAAAGAAAGAGAGCUACAGCAAUAGCGUAAUUUGCAGCAGUUUGGCAUUUUUUCUCUGUAAAAAUUCUUCUUCCCUUUAACAGAAAUUGAUUGGUACGUUAGAGUAAGCCUUAUCUCGUGGAAAAGCAAAAGACUAGGUUAAUGAUGAUUUUAGAGUCAGUUUGCAUAAUCGAGAAUAGUAACUCAAUGCCAUUAAAGAUCGCAUAACACGACUUCGUAAAUAUGAUAGAAAAGCUAACGUUUACGAAAAUGGCUUGCAAAUAGUUUAGCCGAAAAUAUACCAACGUGACUCAGUGGAAUUUCCAUAUAAAACAAUGUUCAAAAUGAAACUGCUAUCUACACGAUUUUGCAAAACUAUUUCGUGCGGAAAAUUCUUUCACUGUCGUCUAUUGUUAUUGCGUUUUCAUGAGGUCCGAAUUGAGUUUUAGUGUGAAGUUUCACUGUUCUUCUGAUUACUUACUGUUACUUUUACUUACUGUUACUGUUACUUUCUUUUACUUACUGCUACUGUUACUUACUGUUGCUGGUAAGAUUUGAAUUUGAGUUUGUUUGAAGGCCCAGGUGUGCUUUUACAUCGAAUAACAAUAUUAUGAAUGUUCUAGUAAAUUGCAGGUAAGGCUAUGCAUCAUGAAACCAAGAUUCCAAGAACUUUGAAUCAGGUUUUAUCGGCAGCCAGUUAGAAAUUAGGAAAGAGAAAUUCGAUGGCUUGUAUCUACGUUACCGUGCCCUACAGGGUCCAUACUGUACUAUAUUAAUAUGUAACACCUUUUAAACAUAUGGAGUGCAAUAAACGUAUUGAGUAAAGUUGGGUAUAAUUUUGCGUGAUUAUCGGAAAGAGUUACCGUCGGCCCUGAUACUCAGAAGGCUCCAGAAGGAACAAAGAUGGUCCAAGGAAUGAGAAGAAGUCUAAGUUAAUAUUAUAUUUAGCAAUACAAAUAAAUAAAAGGCAAUGGUGCAAUCGCUUUGUGAUUACAAUAUUAUAAAUUUAAACAUAGUUGUAAGCUGUUUGAUUCGAAGCAUGGGCGUUGUUAAAUGUAGUUAUUUUUCAAACAUUAUCGUACAUUAUACUUAGUCGGUAAUUGAGAUUACAAUGCUAUAUUUUUAUUGAAGUAUGACUCUGUACUUAAUUAUUGGGUGCAAUACGAUGCAAUGGUUUGAAGGAGAUGACCAGUACCUUGAUCAGAAUCCAUUAGUAAACACAGAUUAAAGUAACUUUUCAUCGGUUUAAACUUGGAGUGACUUUACUCUGUUCUUAUAAGCUUGGAGUACUUUACUCUGUGUUUAUUAAUAAGGAGGCAGAGGUUUUUGUAGGAACCUACUUUCUUUCUCUACCUACGGGUUAUAUUUUUCAGGGACGGUAGGCAAAACAUACUUACUAUUUUGUUCAAAUGGUGAAUUAAUGGACAUUUUGGACAUGGUUAUAGAAUGAUCCUAUUACCUACGUCGAUUACCUCAGCCUUUGGUUUAAAUGUAGGGUUUUCUGACAGAAUUAUUCAAUUCUAUGGGUUAAGUUUUAAUUCCUACAUUACAUCGCAUUGCACCUAAACUUCUUUCUAACAUACAACUUUCAGAUCUAUUAAUAGUUGUUAUCAUUUCGCUUACAGAUUACAAUUACUAUAUUUACCGAUUACAAAUCGAUGCCAAAAUUGUUUUAGUGAUUAGCAGUAUUCGAUUUUAUUUCUCGAUCAUAGUUCUACUGUUAUUUGAUCAGAUCAAAGUAUUAUUAGCUAAUUAAUAUAUUGUAAAGUUAAUUAUUAUUGUGGGUAGUGGCAGUUAGCAAGAGAAACAAUUUUUUUGGACACCUAGAAUAUUUAUUUUAUAAAAAAUAGACGCAAUACUUUAGACACUAAAAUCUCUGUAGCAAAAUGCUAGUUUCCGAAAGUUUGUUAUAGAUAUCAAAUAACUAUAAUCUAGAAGAAUGCCCUUUUAUAUAAAGUUGAAAAAUAUUAAGUUAAUCAACUACCAAAAAAACACCGUUAAUUUUCAACAUCCACCCUUUACGCAAAAGAUAAAAAUUAAAUUUCCUUUUCACUGAUUUGCUAUCUUUUGCGGAAAUAUUGACCUUUUGUCCAACUAACGAACAGGAUGCGAAUAAACGUGAAAACGAAAUAAAAACGAAAAAAAGAAGUAAAAAAACCGACCACGUGCGAGUCGGACUCGCGCACGAAGGAUUCCGUACCAUUAUUUAGAAAAUGAGAAAAAUCGCGUAUGUUGUAUGGGAGCACCCCAAAAUAUUUAUUUUAUUCUAGUUUUCAGUAUUUGUUGCUAUAGCGGCGACAGAAAUACAUCAUCUGUGAAAAUUUCAACUCUAACUAUCACGGUUAGAUACAGCCUGGUGACAGACGGGCGGACGGACAGGAGAGCGAAAACAAUAGGGUCCCGUUUUAGCCUUUGGGUACGGAACCCUAAAAAUGAACAUCAUUUAAUAUUAAAUUCUUUAGUCGACUACUCGUGAACGGCGCGAAUCCAACCCAAUGAAAUGAAAAACGCGAGAAAUAUGCUAAUUAUUUAAAAUUGAAAACGUUUUUUAUCGUUUUGCUUUUUUUUCGUUACCAAACGUAGGCGAGAUUUGAGUUAGCUAAUUCACAAAAAUGUAGAAACAGGACUUUAUUUAGUCAAUCACGUCUAUGUUCCUUUCAGAUUUAUUUUUUUUUAUAAUCAUUUAGGUACCUAAAGUUAAUUAGGAACAAAAAUAAACAAAAAUGAAAAAUAAAUAAAGUAUCAAAAAUUGCUAUUUUACAGGAUCCAAAGAUCGCCUUUAUCUUACAGUUAUUUUAAAUUUUUAAAAGUAAUUCUAAACUAAAGGUUUUUUUUGCUAACUGCUACUAAACACAUCUCUAUCUACUUCUAAGUAUGUUAUUGCUGCAAAUUUUAUUUACUUACUGUUACAAACUGUUGGAUGAACUCACUCACUUCAUCGAGACUUAUCUAUUGUACUAUGAAAUCAAUAAAUAGAUAUCAUAAAGUA